GUUUCGGCCGACUUUCUUCGAUUAAAUGGGAGCCGACAACAGUUUCGAAAUUUAUUGUCAACUAGAAAGAAAUUGGGAUCUCUGCCACCAGCAUAUACAAGAAUCGACUACAGUCGUGAAUCACUGGACUCUAACCCAAACCGAACAGCUCAUCAUGGACCGGUCAUAACCGUUGAAGACACUGGUUCGCAACUACGAAUCAACCGAGUCAAAUCAAGUAUUACAGACAGCCUCGUUGACUCUCACAAGACCUCCCUCGAGAAUACUACAGUAGCCUUCUGCGAGAGUAAUGGUAGUGCUGGUAGUCAUCCCACAACGAACCAUUUCAAGCGACAUAAUAGCAGAUAUGGCGUGCCUGUGGAUAGUUCAGCCAUCAAAUUAGUCUAUCGCGUCCGAUCCGAACGACUUAGUAAUCGGGUGAAAAUCACUGAUCGAGCGCUGGUGUUGGCCAUGUUAGGAAUUGUGGUGAUGGUAAUCGACGCUGAAAUCACUGGACAAAAUCUUUUCGGCAUUACUAAGGCCCAUCCCGUUUCACUGAUGCUUCGUUCAUUUGUCGCCUUAUCAACUGUAGCGCUUCUAACACAAAUCGUACUGUAUCAUAUUAAUGAUAUAGUGCUAGACUUGGUCGACUGCGGUGCAGACGACUGGCGUGUAGUUGUUACAACUGAUCGAGCUCUACAGUUUUGUACGGAAUUUCUUCUGUGUGCCAUUUGUCCACUUCCGGGUACUGGAACACUACAUUGGUCGUUCAUAGAAACCGCACGAAAUAUGCAGGCGAGUCAUGGAAGGUCGUUUUACAUGAAAGAGGUACCUCUUGAUGUGCCGUUGUCAAUACUAAUGCUUUCACGUGUCUAUCUCUUCGCUCGAUUCAUGGUUCUACACAGCAAACAGUUUCAGGACGCGUCCACGCGAACGUUAGCAGCGCUGAAUCGCAUCCAGGUGAACUUUUCGUUUGUUCUCAAAACAGUGCUGGAUCAACAACCGAUUCUCUUCCUCACUGCGUUCACAAUCGUCUUUUGGAUAGUUACUUCAUGGACCUUCGUGCAAUGUGAAAGGUUCGGGCAGGCUGAUCAGGAUGUACCAUCGAUCCUUUACUCCAAUGCUUUAUGGUUCAUAGCUAUUACAUUCAUGUUAAAUGGCUAUGGUGACAUCGUGCCACAGACACACGCUGGAAGAAUUAUUGCGAUUUUCGUCGGAGUAAUUGGUGCUAUCAUUUCAUCGAUUCUUAUCGCUGUUAUUUCACGAAAUAUACUACUAUCACAAGGCCAACGUAAUGUGAACAAUUUCAUGCAUGACAGCAAAUUGACAAGAGAGCACAAGAAUGCCGCAGCAAAGUUGGUGGCGGAAAAUGCACUUCUCUAUGCAGCGCUUAGUAUCAGCGCAGGAAGAGAUGAGGGCCAAAUCGAAGUACUGCAGCGAGCUGUUCGUAAUCACUACACGAAACUACCACAA